AUGAUGCCUCUAAUAUUAAUAUGUGGUAUCCCUGGAUCAGGAAAAACGACAAGAGCAAAAAAAAUAAAAGAAUUUUUAGAAGUAGAGCAUAAUUGCAAGGUUAUUCAUAUAAAUGAAGAAAAUUUGGAAUUGAAUAAAUAAGAAGCAUAUAAGGACUUUUAAGCUGAAAAGUUUACAAGAGGAUACUUAAAAUCAAAUGUAGAAAAAAACUUAACGAAUCAAGCAGUUAUUAUAUUAGAUUCACUUAAUUAUAUUAAAGGUUAUAGAUAUGAAAUGUUUUGUUUAGCAAGAUCUAAUAAAACAUAACAUUGUGUAAUAUAUUGUGAGGCAGAUAUUAAAAUAGCAAGAGAAUAUAAUUAAUAAAAUUAGAAUAAUUUUACUGAAGACAUGCUUGUUGACUAUAGUAGUAGAAUGGAAAUUCCAAAUUAAAAAAAUAGAUGGGAUUCGCCAUUAUUUCAUUUGAGAAUAAAUGAAUAAACACCUUGCUAAGAAAUCGCAAAUGUUUUACUUUUUUAAACUAAAAAGUCAAAAGAUCCUGUUUCUACAGCACCAGUAAUAAAAAUAAUUUAAAAAAAAAAAAAAAUUAUAUAAGGAAAUAUAGUACGAUGCUAAUUUUUUAUAAGAGAUUGAUAAAACAGUACAAUAAAUUAUAGAAGAAUUUAUGUAAAAAUAAUAAGAAAAUAUAUAAUCAAAUGUAAUUACGUUUUCAAAUUGUGCUGAAAAAUUAAUUGUAAAUAAUUAAAUUUCACUAAUCGAGCUUAAAAAAAUCAAACAGGAGUAUUUAAAAAUAUGUAAACAUACUCCACCUAAAAAAAUUGAAGAUAUUGGCGUAUUUUUUGUUAUUUAUUUAUAGAAAUUUAUAGAUAGAUAGAAAUGAUUUUUUUAUAAAU